AUGGACCAAGCAGCCUUUCCUACUCGAAGUGGAACUAUUGUAAAUGACGGGUCAAACUUCAACAAACCCAAUGAAUGCUUAGCCCCUGAAACUAAAGGUAGAUUUGAAGAUGGGUUUGAAGUUGCGUCGACAAGUCCUAAAGACCCAGUUGCUUUCGCAGACAAUAUUAUGAAGACUGAUGUUAGGCAAAGAGAAACAAGUUCACAUCUUGAUGAGAUCGCCCAGAAAGAACUUGGAGCUGGUCCUGGUCCAGGUGGUGAUAUAUCAGAGAGCACAGAAAGCAAGAUGGUUUCCAGUCAUGGACCCAUUGGCAUUGAUGCUGUGAUGACAGAAAUUGAAAGAGAAGUCAAGAUGGAAUGCAUGCAAUGGACUCCUAUUUUUGUGGAAAGCGAGCAGUUUGAGCUCCUAAGCUCUGAUCACGUUGACAAGCUGCUUCAGGAUGCACACGCCUUGGAAGAGAAUCUGAUCGAGCAGAAAGAAAGAUUGUUAUCCCAUCUGAAGCUUCUAUCCCAGACCCUCAAGCUGAACGUGCCAUAACCACACAAAAUUGCUUUUGACCUUAUGGCUUCGUGUUUUAACCCACGGGGGGGCAGUCAAAUAUAUUUCUGUACACACGCAUGACCAAGGAAUUUCCAAACACCCCCUAAACGAGUUGUUCUCUGUGUGCAAAAUAACCCCCUAAACAAGUUUUUCGCGAGCUUUAUUUACACAUUUUGGCCCCUAAACAAGUUGUCGCCAAAAUAUGACCUCGGUGAAAAAGCUUGGG